GUGGCAUACACAACGCGGGACCUGUUACUUUUGGUUUGAGGGGAAAGUGUUACUACUAUAGAGUUAAUACACCCGGCUCAAUUGAUCCCUUUUAUUUAUUGUGGGAUAUAUAUAUAUAUAUAUUUUUUUACAGUCUAUGGAUAAUCCUGAUGUGUUCCUGCUACAAGUUGUUUUCCCCCCUCCCACAGAAUUGACUUAGUUCGCAUGCUUACGUUAGUUUGAAGUUGAGCCUAACGUUAACGGUUUUCUUUGUUUUAAAAAACACAACGGUUUGAAUCGUUAGCCAAACAGAACUCGUGUGACAUGGAAUUAUUUCAGAAAGUGGAAAAGAUUGGAGAAGGGACGUACGGGGUGGUGUACAAGGCAAAGAACAAAGUCACGGGAGAGACUGUUGCCCUCAAGAAAAUCAGACUAGACACGCAGAGCAGGCAACAGAUGGCACACAGACAGCAGAGUUGGGGACAGAUAUGCAGGGACAGACUCGCAGAGACAGGGAGUCUCAGGGAAACGGAGGGAGUACCAAGCACUGCCAUCCGAGAGAUAUCGCUCCUCAAAGAGCUCAGCCACCCAAAUAUUGUCAAGCUCUGUGAUGUCAUCCACACAGAGAACAAACUGUACCUGGUUUUUGAGUUCCUUCAUCAGGACCUUAAGAAGUUCAUGGACUCCUCGGUCUCCGGUAUCUCUCUACCACUUGUCAAGAGUUACCUGUUCCAGCUGCUGCAGGGCCUGGCCUUCUGUCACUCCCACAGGGUUCUCCAUCGGGACCUGAAGCCCCAGAACCUGCUCAUUAACGCCCAGGGGGAGAUCAAGCUGGCUGACUUCGGCCUGGCUAGGGCCUUUGGGGUGCCUGUCCGCACCUACACUCAUGAGGUGGUAACUCUAUGGUACCGAGCUCCAGAAAUUCUUUUGGGCUGCAAAUACUACUCCACAGCGGUUGACAUCUGGAGUUUGGGCUGCAUCUUUGCUGAAAUGAUCACCAGGAGGGCUUUGUUUCCAGGCGACUCAGAGAUCGAUCAGCUGUUCCGGAUCUUCCGUACCCUGGGCACACCGGACGAGGUGGCCUGGCCAGGGGUCACUUCCAUGCCUGACUACAAGCCCUCCUUCCCCAAGUGGGCCCGACAGGAGCUGUCCAAAGUGGUUCCCCCACUGGACGAGGAUGGGAGAGAGCUGCUCAGGCAAAUGCUGAGCUAUGACCCAAACAAGAGGAUAUCUGCCAAAAAUGCCCUGGUCCAUCGGUUUUUCCGUGAUGUCACCAUGCCAAUGCCACACCUACGACUGUGACAUGCAGACUGACAGGAACAAUACAUAGCCCAGGGUCUUUCCAUGAGAGAUCCCUGAGCAGAAGGACUGCCCCAGCUCUUAUCCACACCUGAAUACUACAGUCCAGGAGAUGGGAGAGAUCACAGUGAAAUAUGGAUGCCUUUCCAAAAAUCAUUCUAACAACCAAAAACCAGCAUUUGUAUAAAUUGGAUGUCCUGUGAGUUUUUUUCUCUACAGCUAUGGGUGCCUGUUAUGUCAUGGAGAAUGAACUCUACAGUUGUUUCAGCAUUUUAUGUGUAUUGAAUGGGUUAACUUGGUUUGUGUACAUUUUAGUCAUUUAGCAGAUGCAAGCUCUUCAUUUGUUCAUUGCAUAAUUUAUGAUAAAAAGUUGAUUAAAUUCAUUUGAGCUUUA